AUGGAGUCGAGCGAUGCCCGGACGGGCUCUGAGUGUCCACCGCUGGUACCUAGAGGGGACCCGGAGGCCGGGCAGUGUCUUGCAGCAGUCGCCAGGGUCACCCCGCGCGCAGUCGAGGGUAAAGGCUGCGAACAUCUGUGCGAGGAGGACGACUGUUUGGGGGCUGCUGCGCCAGGAACCACCGCGCGCGAGGACCAGGAACCACCACGCGCGAGGACCUGGAACCACCGCGCGCGAGGACCUGGAACCACCGCGCGCGAGGACCAGGAACCACCGCGCGCGAGGACCAGGAACCACCGCGCGCGAAUACCAGGAACCAACGCGCGCGAGGACCUGGAACCACCACGCGCGAGGACCUGGAACCACCGCGCGCGAGGACCUGGAACCACCGCGCGCGAGGACCAGGAACCACCGCGCGCGAGGACCAGGAACCACCGCGCGCGAGGACCAGAAACCAACGCGCGCGAGGACCUGGAACCACCACGCGCCCAGAUCACCUGCUCCAUGAAGCCACCGCGGCCAGCCAUUCCCGACCACCAGGGGUCCGCUUGGAGUUACAGAACAAGCACCGGCCGUGAGUCACCCAGCCGGGCUGCGCAGGCCCAGAUCACCUGCUCCAUGAAGCCACCAGGCCAGCCAUUCCCGACCACCAGGGGUCCGCUUGGAGUUACAGAACAAGCACCGGCCGCCCAGAUCACCUGCUCCACGAAGCCACCAGGCCAGCCAUUCCCGACCACCAGGGGCAAGCAUGGAGUUACAGAACAAGCACCGGCCGUGAGUCACCCAGCCGGGCUGGGCAGGCCCAGAUCACCUGCUCCACGAAGCCACCAGGCCAGCCAUUCCGACCACCAGGGGCAAGCAUGGAGUUACAGAACAAGCACCGGCCGUGAGUCACCCAGCCGGGCUGCGCAGGCCCAGAUCACCUGCUCCAUGAAGCCACCGCGGCCAGCCAUUCCCGACCACCAGGGGUCCGCUUGGAGUUACAGAACAAGCACCGGCCGUGAGUCACCCAGCCGGGCUGCGCAGGCCCAGAUCACCUGCUCCACGAAGCCACCAGGCCAGCCAUUCCCGACCACCAGGGGCAAGCAUGGAGUUACAGAACAAGCACCGGCCGUGAGUCACCCAGCCGGGCUGGGCAGGCCCAGAUCACCUGCUCCACGAAGCCACCAGGCCAGCCAUUCCGACCACCAGGGGCAAGCAUGGAGUUACAGAACAAGCACCGGCCGUGAGUCACCCAGCCGGGCUGGGCAGGCCCAGAUCACCUGCUCCAUGAAGCCACCGCGGCCGCCCAUUCCGACCACCAGGGGCAAGCAUGGAGUUACGGAACAAGCACCGGCCGCCCAGAUCACCUGCUCCAUGAAGCCACCAGGCCAGCCAUUCCCGACCACCAGGGGCAAGCAUGGAGUUACAGAACAAGCACCGGCCGUGAGUCACCCAGCCGGGCUGCGCAGGCCCAGAUCACCUGCUCCACGAAGCCACCGCGGCCAGCCAUUCCCCGACCACCAGGGGCAAGCAUGGAGUUACAGAACAAGCACCGGCCGUGAGUCACCCAGCCGGGCUGCGCAGGCCCAGAUCACCUGCUCCACGAAGCCACCAGGCCAGCCAUUCCCGACCACCAGGGGUCCGCUUGGAGUUACAGAACAAGCACCGGCCGCCCAGAUCACCUGCUCCAUGAAGCCACCAGGCCAGCCAUUCCCGACCACCAGGGGCAAGCAUGGAGUUACAGAACAAGCACCGGCCGCCCAGAUCACCUGCUCCACGAAGCCACCAGGCCAGCCAUUCCCGACCACCAGGGGCAAGCAUGGAGUUACAGAACAAGCACCGGCCGCCCAGAUCACCUGCUCCACGAAGCCACCAGGCCAGCCAUUCCCGACCACCAGGGGCAAGCAUGGAGUUACAGAACAAGCACCGGCCGCCCAGAUCACCUGCUCCAUGAAGCCACCAGGCCAGCCAUUCCCGACCACCAGGGGCAAGCAUGGAGUUACAGAACAAGCACCGGCCGUGAGUCACCCAGCCGGGCUGCGCAGGCCCAGAUCACCUGCUCCACGAAGCCACCGCGGCCAGCCAUUCCCCGACCACCAGGGGCAAGCAUGGAGUUACAGAACAAGCACCGGCCGUGAGUCACCCAGCCGGGCUGCGCAGGCCCAGAUCACCUGCUCCACGAAGCCACCAGGCCAGCCAUUCCCGACCACCAGGGGUCCGCUUGGAGUUACAGAACAAGCACCGGCCGCCCAGAUCACCUGCUCCAUGAAGCCACCAGGCCAGCCAUUCCCGACCACCAGGGGCAAGCAUGGAGUUACAGAACAAGCACCGGCCGCCCAGAUCACCUGCUCCACGAAGCCACCAGGCCAGCCAUUCCCGACCACCAGGGGCAAGCAUGGAGUUACAGAACAAGCACCGGCCGUGAGUCACCCAGCCGGGCUGCGCAGGCCCAGAUCACCUGCUCCACGAAGCCACCAGGCCAGCCAUUCCCGACCACCAGGGGCAAGCAUGGAGUUACAGAACAAGCACCGGCCCGGACCAGAGACUCGCAAGGGAGUGUCGACGGGGCGGAAGGAAGGCUUGCAGGGGGCGAUAACGUGUGCGCUCUUCGGCUGCGCUGGUUGGUGCGAGACCAUCACCAGCGGCCCUGGUUGGUGCGAGGCCAGCAACACCGGCGCUGGAUGGUGUGAGGCCAGUACCAGUAGCGCUGGUGGGUGCGAGGCCAGCAACAAUGGCGCUGGUUGGUGCGAGACCAUCACCAGCGGCCCUGGUUGGUGCGAGGCCAGCAACACCGGCGCUGGAUGGUGUGAGGCCAGUACCAGUAGCGCUGGUGGGUGCGAGGCCAGCAACAAUGUUGCUGGUUGGUGCGAGGCCAGCAACAAUGGCGCUGGUUGGUGCGAGACCAUCACCAGCGGCCCUGGUUGGUGCGAGGCCAGCAACACCGGCGCUGGAUGGUGUGAGGCCAGUACCAGUAGCGCUGGUGGGUGCGAGGCCAGCAACAAUGAGGCUGGUUGGUGCGAGACCAUCACCAGCGGCCCUGGUUGGUACGAGGCCAGCAACACCGGCGCUGGAUGGUGCGAGGCCAGUACCAGUAGCGCUGGUGGGUGCGAGGCCAGCAACAAUGGCGCUGGUUGGUGCGAGACCAUCACCAGCGGCCCUGGUUGGUGCGAGGCCAGCAACACCGGCGCUGGAUGGUGUGAGGCCAGUACUAGUAGCGCUGGUGGGUGCGAGGCCAGCAACAAUGUUGCUGGUUGGUGCGAGGCCAGCAACAAUGGCGCUGGUGGGUGCGAGGCCAGCAACAAUGUUGCUGGUUGGUGCGAGGCCAGCAACACCGGCGCUGGAUGGUGUGAGGCCAGUACCAGUAGCGCUGGUGGGUGCGAGGCCAGCAACAAUGUUGCUGGUUGGUGCGAGGCCAGCAACACCGGCGCUGGAUGGUGUGAGGCCAGUACCAGUAGCGCUGGUGGGUGCGAGGCCAGCAACACCGGCGCUGGAUGGUGUGAGGCCAGUACCAGUAGCGCUGGUGGGUGCGAGGCCAGCAACAAUGGCGCUGGUUGGUGCGAGACCAUCACCAGCGGCCCUGGUUGGUGCGAGGCCAGCAACACCGGCGCUGGAUGGUGCGAGGCCAGUACCAGUAGCGCUGGUGGGUGCGAGGCCAGCAACAAUGGCGCUGGUUGGUGCGAGACCAUCACCAGCUGCCCUGGUUGGUGCGAGGCCAGCAACACCGGCGCUGGAUGGUGCGAGGCCAGUACCAGUAGCGCUGGUGGGUGCGAGGCCAGCAACAAUGGCGCUGGUUGGUGCGAGACCAUCACCAGCGGCCCUGGUUGGUGCGAGGCCAGCAACACCGGCGCUGGAUGGUGCGAGGCCAGUACCAGUAGCGCUGGUGGGUGCGAGGCCAGCAACAAUGGCGCUGGUUGGUGCGAGACCAUCACCAGCGGCCCUGGUUGGUGCGAGGCCAGCAACACCGGCGCUGGAUGGUGUGAGGCCAGUACCAGUAGCGCUGGUGGGUGCGAGGCCAGCAACAAUGGCGCUGGUUGGUGCGAGACCAUCACCAGCGGCCCUGGUUGGUGCGAGGCCAGCAACACCGGCGCUGGAUGGUGCGAGGCCAGUACCAGUAGCGCUGGUGGGUGCGAGGCCAGCAACAAUGGCGCUGGUUGGUGCGAGACCAUCACCAGCGGCCCUGGUUGGUGCGAGGCCAGCAACACCGGCGCUGGAUGGUGCGAGGCCAGUACCAGUAGCGCUGGUGGGUGCGAGGCCAGCAACAAUGGCGCUGGUUGGUGCGAGACCAUCACCAGCGGCCCUGGUUGGUGCGAGGCCAGCAACACCGGCGCUGGAUGGUGUGAGGCCAGUACCAGUAGCGCUGGUGGGUGCGAGGCCAGCAACAAUGGCGCUGGUUGGUGCGAGACCAUCACCAGCGGCCCUGGUUGGUGCGAGGCCAGCAACACCGGCGCUGGAUGGUGCGAGGCCAGUACCAGUAGCGCUGGUGGGUGCGAGGCCAGCAACAAUGUUGCUGGUUGGUGCGAGGCCAGCAACAAUGGCGCUGGUGUCCUGUGGCGACACGCGUGCGUCACCGCGUGCUACGCGCGACGUGAUUGGCUGUCGCGCGCCGGCGUGUCGCGAGCAGCCCGCCAGAUGGACGCCGACACUUCGCGAGCUGACAGUCCCGAUUUGCACGCACUUCCGAGAACCGUCAUUGUUUGUCGAGUGGAUGGCGGAGGAAUGCGCCGUGCGCCGCGCGUGCAGAUGAGGCCGGGCGGAAUCUUCGCAACGGCCGAAGUGGGACGCAGCCACAGGACUUUGGAGAGUAUCCUGCAGGUCAUCGAACCGCCAGCGGUCGGAGCGGAGCAGAAGCAGGUGCGCUUGGAGCAGCCUCGUGCCAGUGAUUACCAGCGGGUCGAUGCAGAGCACGCCUGCGGCAGGGUGUGCUGGCAGACGUCGCCGGAGACGUGGCAACACCGGCGCGCGCGGCAGGUGGACGGAGCGACGCGACGCGACGCGACGCGACUGCGCGGCGACCGCGCGCAGGUGUCGCUGCUACUCGCAAGUCGCCCACGGCUCCUGCGCAUCUGUGCGCUCGGAUGA